GCGCGAGGGCAAACGCGAACGCGAGCGCAGUUGUGGGAGUCAGCUGUUGUGUACAGCGGCAACAUUGACUAUUCAAGAACAGGGAACGCCACAUUGGAAGCAUACGUAUCUUCUACUGCCCAACCAUGAGCACCAUGAUAUGGAGAACUCGGCUUCCUGUGUUGGAGAAAUCCUGGACGACCAUGGCCGGGGCCAGAUAUAUGAGCUCAGUACCCAACACCAAACUCUUCAUUGAUGGCAAGUUUGUGGAAUCUAACACCAAGGAAUGGAUUGACCUCAACAACCCCGCCACUAAUGAGCUAGUGACCCGGGUACCUAAAAGCACAGGUCUGGAGAUGCAAAAGGCUGUCGAGUCUGCUAAAAAUGCUUACCCAGCAUGGUCUAACACAUCCAUCAUCUCAAGACAAUCCAUCAUGUUCCGUUUUGCAGAGUUAAUUCGUAAAAACAUGAAAGAGCUUGCUGCAAAUAUUACUCUAGAGCAAGGAAAAACAUUAGCAGAUGCUGAGGGUGACGUCCUGCGCGGACUGCAGGUCGUUGAACAUUGCUGUUCUAUUCCAUCACUCCUCCAGGGAGAAACUCUCUCUGGUAUUGCCAAAGACUUGGACACAUAUUCUUAUAAAUUACCUCUUGGUGUUUGUGCUGGAAUUGCACCUUUUAAUUUUCCUGCUAUGGUUCCUCUGUGGAUGUUCCCUGUAGCAAUGACAGUAGGAAAUACAUAUGUCAUGAAACCAUCUGAACGUGACCCUGGAGCCUGUAUGAUGCUUUUAGAACUUUUGAAUGAAGCUGGAUGUCCUCCUGGUGUUGUCAAUGUUAUUCAUGGAACUCAUGACUCAGUCAAUUUCAUCUGUGAUCACCCAGAUAUUAAGGCAAUUUCAUUUGUUGGUGGAGACAAAGCGGGUAGGCACAUCUAUGAAAGAGGUGCUAAAAAUGGAAAAAGGGUACAGAGCAACAUGGGAGCUAAAAACCAUGGAGUUGUUAUGCCUGAUGCCAACAAAGAGAAUUCCCUAAAUCAGUUGGUUGGUGCAGCAUUUGGUGCUGCUGGUCAACGUUGUAUGGCUCUGUCUACAGCAGUUUUUGUUGGUGAGGCCAAAUCCUGGCUGCCCGACCUCAAGGCCCGAGUUGAAAAUCUGAAAGUUAAUGCAGGACAUGUACCUGGAACUGACUUGGGUCCAGUCAUCUCCCCAGAAUCGAAGAAACGCAUUUUAGACCUCAUUGAAUCUGGUGUUAAGGAAGGGGCAACCCUCUUGCUCGAUGGUCGAGGUCUAGUUGUUCCUGGAUAUGAAAAGGGUAAUUUUGUGGGUCCAACAAUUUUGACUGAUGUGACGCCAGGCAUGCGUUGCUACAAAGAGGAAAUCUUUGGCCCUGUUCUGAUAUGUCUCUCUGUUGAUACUUUGGAUGAAGCUAUUGAAAUCAUCAACAAAAACCCAUACGGCAAUGGUGCUGCUAUCUUUACCAACAAUGGUGCUACUGCAAGGAAAUUCACCUUUGAAGCUAAUGCUGGACAGGUUGGUAUCAAUGUACCCAUUCCUGUGCCCCUGCCAAUGUUUUCCUUUACUGGUUCUCGUGGUUCAUUCCUCGGUGAUCUUCACUUUUAUGGCAAACAAGGAGUCAACUUCUACACCCAGACCAAGACAGUUACAUCGAGCUGGAGGGAGCAGGAUGUUACUCACAGCAAGGCAGCUGUUGCCAUGCCUGUCAUGAAGUAAGCACAUUAAUGCGUACUUUGGUGUUCUUCCAGUGAUUUGUGCCAUAUUUGAAGUCUUCCAUUUUAUUAAAAUAAUUGAUCACUGCUUGGCUCUUGAGUGAGAGUUUCAUAAUGUAACUGAAGUGUCACAAUGCUACCUAUAUCUGUAUACAAAAUAGUACAAAUAAGCCAGAAGUACAAUUAUAGUUGUUUCCUGUGUUGUAUCUUGUCAUGAAAACUCCACCAUGGAGAGAUUUUCGCAUUUCUCUAUUAACCGUAUCAGGUGGAAAGUAUUGUUUCUAUAGUGUGUUGACCAGUUGACCUUAUAACUAACAUUUUAUCAUUUGCAAGUUUAAGAAUCAUGUAAGUGUAACUUUUUGGUCUGUUUUAUUUUUAAGCAAUUUCAUGUGCCUUACUGUAAAGUAAAUUGUAGGUUGACAUAAAUGAAUCAUUGUUGGUUUUGUACAUUCCAUUUAGAGGAUUUUAUAUAUACUAUCUAUUACUGCUUUGUCAUAUUUUAUACCUUGUUAGAACAUUUUUUUCCAGUAUAUUAUGUACUAAAAGUCUGAUAUGCAUUAUUUUUGCUGCCUGAUUUGUAUAUUUUUCUGUUUAAUCCGUAUUUUUGAAUUGUUUUGAAAGUACCUAGCAGUUUUACUGAUACUGAGAAUGUGUGCUCUGUUCCACGUUCAUAAAUCACUGUAUAAAAAAAUUGUUUUUAUCAGUAAAAAUCCAAGAUCAUAA